AGAGAGAGAGAGAGAGAGAGAGGGAGAGAGUCAUCCAGGUGGCCUUGAGACAUGGAGACGGACGAGGAUGUGUACGCCAACGUGGACGACGUGUGGGCGACCGAGGUCGAGAGAGUGGGAGAGAAGGUGACCAGGCGGGGAGACAGGGAGGUGGAAGCAGCAGGCUACCAGGUGUUACACAAGAGGCCAGAACUGACUGAGGGCAAAGCUGUGGAGAGCCUCAAGAUGUCUCCAGAUGCAGACAGGAAGUUUGGGCGGAGCUUCUCUGUGGACAGGAAGUGUGAGCUGGGCCGGCUGGCUGUGCUGUGUCUUGGGCUGCUCUGUGGCCUGCUACUGGCUACAGUCAUAGGCCUCUCUGUGUUCUAUUUAAAGACCAUCCAUCAUUCGACUCAGCUGCAAACCAGUUAUGACUCUCUUCAAAUCCAAUAUGAUCUCUUGAGGACAGAGAGAGAUCAGCUGCAAACCAGUUAUGACUCUCUUCAAACCCAAUAUGAUCUCUUGAGCACAGAGAGAGAUCAGCUGCAAACCAGUUACACAUCUCUUGGUACAGAAAGACACAAACAGCAACUCAGUUUUCAAAAUCUGAGUUUGGAGAGAGACCAUCUGCAGAGGAUGGUCUCAAGAUUGGAAAUGUCUGCGGAAUGCUGUCCUGGUUGGAAGAAGUUCCAGUCAAGUUGUUACUAUCUUUCUACUGAGGAGAAAACCUGGGAAGAGAGCAGCCAGUACUGUAGAGGCAGAGGAACCAACCUGGUUAUCAUAAAGAGCAGAGAGGAACAGGUGUUUCUAAAUGGACUUCACUUCAAUCAAAAAUUCUGGAUGGGUCUGACUGACACAGAACAAGAAGGGGUUUGGAAAUGGGUGGACGGAACCAGACUGAAACUGACCGAAACAUUCUGGAGAGGGGGAGAACCGAACAACGCGGAUAUGAGAGAGCACUGCGGAGUGUUCAACAAAUUUCCUAAUCCUCUGUUCCUCUGGAAUGUUCAUUUAUCCUCAUGGAAUGACGAGCCUUGUGAUAUACGUUACCAAUGGGUGUGCAAGAGGAAAAUGGCCGUGACCAUGGAGAUGAUCGAACAUGAGUGA